CAGCUGCCUCCCUAACAGCACAGCUGUGUUUGGCUGCAGGGCUAAGGGCACUGUCAAGAGAGACACACCACUCUCCAGCAGCAACAGAAUCACCACCAUCUGCAGCAGCAGCUGGACAAACCACCAUUCACAAGGCACUUUGAGAACUUCAGGAUGAAAGUGUCCCCAGUCUUUGCCUGCCUAGCUCUGGGCCUGGCCUUCAUCCUUGGUGAAGGAUCUGCCUCAGACCAUCGCCAGCUUGAGGCGGCCCAAAUGGUCACAGAUUUUGGAGUGAAGGUGUUUCAGCAGGUGGCCCAGGCCUCCAAGGACCAUAAUGUGAUUUUCUCACCUUAUGGGGUGGCCUCAGUCCUCGCCAUGCUGCAGCUAACAACCACAGGAGAAACCAGGCAGCAGAUCCAAGCGGCAAUGCAAUUCGAUAUUGAAGAGAAGGGCAUGGCCCCUGCCCUUCGUCAACUGUACAAGGAACUCAUGGGGCCAUGGAACAAGGAUGAGAUCAGCAUCGCCGAUGCCAUCUUCGUCCAGCGGGAUCUGAAGCUGGUUCAAGGUUUCAUGCCUCACUUCUUCAGGCUGUUCCGCACCACAGUCAAGCAGGUGGACUUUUCAGAGAUUGAGAGAGCCAGGUUCAUCAUCAAUGACUGGGUGAAGAGACACACAAAAGGCAUGAUUAGUGACUUACUUGGUGAAGGGGCCGUGGACAGUCUGACACGCCUGGUACUAGUGAAUGCCCUGUACUUCAAUGGCCACUGGAAGACACCCUUCCCAGAGUUGGGCACCCACCACCGCCUCUUCCACAAGUCCGAUGGCAGCACUGUCUCGGUGCCCAUGAUGACUCAGACGAGCAAAUUCAACUACACUGAGUUUUCCACCCCUGAUGGCCAUUACUACGACAUCUUGGAGUUGCCCUACCAUGGCGACACGCUCAGCAUGUUCAUUGCUGCUCCUUAUGAAAAAGAGGUGCCUCUCUCAGCCCUCACCAACAUUCUGGAUGCCCAGCUCAUCAGCCAGUGGAAAGGAAAUAUGACCCGUCUGCCCCGCCUCCUGAUUCUGCCCAAGUUCUCCCUAGAGAGUGAAGUUGACCUCAGGAGGCCCUUGGAGAACUUGGGGAUGACCAACAUCUUUAGUCCAAGCCAGGCGGACUUCUCGACUUUUUCAGAUCAAGAGCCUCUUUACGUAUCGCAGGCACUGCAAAAAGUGAAGAUCAAGGUGAAUGAAAGAGGCACGGAGGCAUCCUCCUCUACAGCCAUUACCGUCUCAGCCCGAAUGGCCCCUGAGGAGAUCAUCAUGGACAGACCCUUCCUCUUUGUGGUGCGGCACAACCCCACAGGAACGGUCCUUUUCAUGGGCCAAGUGAUGGAACCCUGACCAUGUAAAAAGAAGUUCUCAACUCGGACAGAACUGGAGAUGUAUCAGAGAAGAAGAAACUGCGAAGAAAAGAACUUUUAAUUAGCCUUUCUGGAGAAGAGAAGAUAUUCGCUUUUUUUUUUAAAUGGUAACUCUGCCUUUUAGACCUCAGCCUCUCCAAGGGAGAAAAGGGGACCUUUCGAUAAAACUCCCCAGUGGAGAGACCCUAGCGGGGACCGCUGAAGCAUUGCUCCCCGGAGGUCUCCAAAUCCGACUGUAAAACUCUCAGAGCCACGUGUGCAGCUGCUUCUGCCCAUGGCUCUGCCUUUUCGGGUCUUCAGAUCUGGGUCCCACUGAGGCCCUGGCAGAUGGCACCGCAAGGCUUACAGGAGAAACUUUCCAGUCACGUUGCCCUAACUUUUGCACUGUCUGCCACUGCUGAGGAGGCUGGCGUCGGGCCAGAGAAGACCAAUGGAAGAAACCCCUUUCAUUGCAAGAUGCAUCCUUCUCCAGCACAGGAUGCUGCGACCAGCUGCAGGGUCUCACCCUGGCCUGGCUGUCUCCCUCCCCAGAAACAGUGAGCAUCUAUCAUUUUGGAGUGUAGGUGACUUGUUUACUUAUAGAAGCAGGUUUCUGCUUCCCACAAACUUUAUUUUGCAGGAAUAGAGGAAGGUGUGCUCUAAUCUCCUAGUGGGGAGGGUAGGAUGACAGAGGUGUGCUUGAAUAUUUAUCACAAUUCUUGUGUGCUUGUUAGAGAGAACGAGGACUAUUUAACAAAAAAGCAUAUUAUUUAAACUUGCUUAGUGUUCCUUUGUGAUCUGUGUGAUUGCAUCUCAGGAGUCUGGUCACUUAGCUGCCAUACCCCUCUGGGCGGCGAGCGUGAGGGGCCCACACUGCCACCUUGUGGCUGCCUGAACCCCGUCGCUCUUCUUUCCUUUCCUUUCCACUUGAUGGAUUAGGACUCCUGCCAAGACUACCCAACUUCCCACUUUAGGGACCCAAAGGAUGUGGUGGGUGAGAGAGACUAGAGUGAGGACAGAGAGAUUUUAAAAUUUUCCAAUGCAUUUAGGAGCAGGAGUGCAAAGGGAUGCACGACCUAGCAGGACAGAACUUUCCCCAAUUAUAGGGUGACUCACAGCUGCAUCGGUGACUCACUUCAGUGUGUCAUUUCCGGCUGCUGUGUGUGAGCGGUGGACACGUGAGAAAGGGAGAGAGAAAAUGAGGGGGAAUGAAAGAGAGACAGUGAAUUCAGUCUUAACUACCCUAGCUAGGUAAUUUUCCUGAAAACCAGCUAGCUAAGGGGUAUGGCAUGAAGACCAGUUUGUUGAAAAACUGCACACAGAUGUCAAAUGAACGCAUCCUACUAGAAUCCUAGUCAUCCCAAUGUGUUCUUCAGCGAAAAAUCUUGGUCCUUUGUUGUUGUUUUCUUUUUUCAUUAUGCACUGGACGGUGACAGCCACAACUAUACUCACAAGGAGACCCAAAUGUAGGGGCCAAUGUUUUUGAAAUUGUGUUGGAUUAUAUGCUUUUUCACUUAUGAUAUAUAAAAAGUAAAAAUGUUUUUUAAAACAAUAAAAUAAAUAAAUAAAAAGAAUAUUCCAAAAA